UCAUGCACUGCGUGCUGCAGGAUUUGUUUUAUAUGGUGCACACUUACCACAUAGAUCCAUUCUCUCAUAUCUAGACCCAAAUUUACUGCUCACAGCUUAUCUGAGUGAGCUGAGCUCGUGGCAUAGAUCUACAGCUUGGACCCUGUGGAGUGAAGAUAAUUUAUUUUAUUUUUCUUCCCAGGAGCAAGUUCAGAAAUUAGUGGUUGGAACUAUCCCUCGAUCACUUUGGGUGACACUUGAAGAUGACCUUGUUGAUGCUUGUAAACCUGGAGAUGAUGUUUUAAUCUGGUUCGUAAUAAGCAACGGUCUGGGACAGUGAUUACAGAUGAGAUGCGAGAGGAAUUUGCUGAGUUUUGGGACCAACACAAAUAUAAUCCUCUGACAGCAAGAAACAUUUUAUUAGCUUCAUUCUGUCCUCAGGUGUAUGGACUAUAUGUGGUUAAGUUAGCAGUUGCUGUGGUGGUUGCAGGUGGCAUGCAAAAAGUAGAUACAAGUUGUACCAGAAUCAGGGGAGAGUCUCAUCUUCUGCUAGUAGGAGAUCCAGGAACAGGUAAGAGUCAGUUCCUAAAAUUGUUUUAA